GCCCCAACCUCAGACCUAAAGGAAUGACAGCCAGGUUCCUGGGGAGGGCAGUUCCGCUUCCUGUGUGGCUGCAAAUGACAAAAUCCCUUGACAAGAAGGCCCAGCCUCUGGGUGUCCACACCCUGUGUGUCUCUGUCCUGCCAGCACCGAGGGCUCAUCCAUCUGCAGAGCAGGGCAGGGGGAGGAGACGCCAUGACCCCCAUCCUCAUGGUCCUGAUCUGCCUCGGGCUGAGUCUGGGCCCCAGGACCCGCGUGCAGGCAGGGACCCUUCCCAAGCCCACUCUCCUGGCUAAGCCAGGGUCUAUGAUCAGCGAGGGGAGUCCCGUGACCCUCAGGUGUCAGGGGAGGCUUCAGGUUCAGGAGUAUCGUCUAUAUAGAGAAAAAAACCCAGCAUCCUGGGUUAGACGGAUACAACGAGAGCUUGUCAAGAAGGGCUAUUUCCCCAUUGCAUCCAUCACCUCGGAACAUGCAGGGCGGUAUCGCUGUCGGUAUUACAGCCGCAAUCACUCAUCAGAGCUCAGCGACCCCCUGGAGCUGGUGGUGACAGGAGCCUACAGCAAACCCACCCUCUCAGCCCUGCCCAGCCCUGUGGUGGCCUCAGGAGGAAACGUGUCCCUCCAGUGUGUCUCACAGGUGGCAUUUGAUGGCUUCAUUCUCUGUAAGGAAGGAGAAGAUGAACACCCACAACGUCUCAACUCCCACUUCCAUGCCCGUGGCUGGUCCUGGGCCGUCUUCUCCGUGGUCCCAGUGAGCCCGAGUCGCAGGUGGUCGUACCGGUGCUAUGGUUAUCACUCACGCUCUACCUAUGUGUGGUCUUUACCCAGUGAUCUCCUGGAGCUCCUGGUCCCAGGUGUUUCUAAGAAGCCGUCACUCUCAGUGCAGCCGGGUCCUGUUAUGACCCCUGCGGAAAACCUGACCCUCCAGUGUGGCUCUGAUGCCGGCUAUGACAGAUUCGUUCUAUACAAGGAGGGAGAACGUGACUUCCUCCAGCGCCCUGGCCGGCAGCCCCAGGCUGGGCUCUCCCAGGCCAACUUCCCCCUGGGCCCUGUGAGCCACUCCCACGGGGGCCGUUACAGAUGCUCCGGUGCACACAACCUCUCCUCCGAGUGGUCGGCCCCCAGUGACCCCCUGGACAUCCUGAUCGCAGGACAGAUCCCCGACAGACCCUUCCUCUCAGUGCAUCCGGGCCCCACAGUGGCCUCAGGAGAGAACGUGACCCUGCUGUGUCAGUCACAGGGAUGGAUGCACACUUUCCUUCUGACCAUGGAGGGAGCAGCUGAUCCCCCUCUGCGUCUAAAAUCAAAGUGCCAAUCUCAUAAGUACCAGGCUGAAUUCCCCAUGGGUCCUGUGACCUCAGCCCACGCGGGGACCUACAGGUGCUAUGGCUCACGCAGCUCCAACCCCCACCUGCUGACUCACCCCAGUGACCCCCUGGAGCUCGUGGUCUCAGGAGCAGCUGAGACCCUCAGCCCGUCACAAAACCAGACAGACUCCAAGACUGGCCAACACCCACAGGAUUACACAGUGGAGAAUCUCAUCCGCAUGGGCGUGGCUGGCUUGGUCCUGGUGGUCCUCGGGAUUCUGCUAUUUGAGGCUCAGCACAGCCAGAAGCCCCCAAGAUGCAGCCGGCCGGUGAACAGCAGAGAUGACAAUGCACCCUUCAGAGUGGUGGAGCCUCAGGAACAGAUCUGAUGAUCCCAGGAAGUUCUGGAGGACAAUCUAGGACCUACAUUAUCUGAACUGUCUGCUGGUCACUUCUAGAGACAGGAAUCCAUAUUUGAGUGCAGGGAAACUGUCUGGGGUGAUUCGUAGAAGAUCAUUAAACUGUGACACAUUUUUUGUCUAUGAAUGUUGACUUUCCUUGACUGGAUCCCCCUUUCUUUCCCAUCCCCAGACAUGAGGCUCCAUCCCACAUGGCAUCGUUGGGUCCACACCUCUGCACACCUGCGUGCUCUGGUCCACGGCAUGUAACACAGUCUUCCUUAUUCCUCACUGUGACACUCCUUGAUGUCCCUUACCGAGUCGCCAUCUCUUCAGUUCAGAGAUCCAAACCUGAACCACCAACUAAAUCGACAACAGGAGACCAGAUUCCAACCAGGAAAACAUAAAUCCAUCCUGAAGACUUAAUGCCCUCCCUGGACCCUAUGAGCCCUUCCCUCUUUCUUAGGUGCUAUCUGUGUAAUUUCUCCUGAAAUAUCACCUCUUGGAAUCAUCACUCACACAUUUCAAGUGACACCACAGCUAUGUUGAUUCUGAAAAAGACAUCUUUAAAAUGCUAUUAUUAAUGGUAUCUACCAGUUUCUGUGACAUAAAAUUUUUUUUUCAUGGCCCCAA